GAAAGUAAAGGUAUAUAGCCUCUGCAGGAGGAAGGGACGCUACAGUCUGUCUCUGUCUUCCUUCCCAGCCAUGGCAGCACAGUUCUUCGUCCUCGCUUUGGCGUUCGCCGCCUGCACAGCUGCGCCACAAUUCAGCAGCGAGGAAAUUGCACAGCCACCGACGCCCUACGACUUCGGGUACGGGGUGAAUGUGGGAGACACAGGCGACGCCAAGGAACACAAAGAGACCGUGUCCCCGUCAGGCCGCACUGAGGGAGAGUACCGCUGGCAACUGCCCAACGGACUGUUCAUGGUGGUGCGGUACUUCGUGGAGGGAGACUCCGGCUUCCAGGCUGAGGUGAGCGAGGAGCCCGGCCCAGAGGUUGCCAACUACUACAGCAACUCCCUCACCCAAGAGAACAGCCAGGGUGGUGUCCCAGCCGCCUCCCAGAACCUCGGUAAGAGCCUGGUAGACCUUAGGAGUUCUGUCAAUGCCAUCAGCGCUCCCAGGCCCGCCACCCGCCCUGCACUGCGUCCCACCCAGACCUUCAGGAGCCAGCCCCAGCCUCAACCCCAGCCCCAGCCAACCUUCAUCAGCCAACCAACCUUCUCCAGUAACAUCAUUGACGGAGGCAUCAUUGAUGGUGGCAUCAUUGAUGGAGGAAUCAUCGACGGCGGCAUAAUUGACGGAGGUAUCAUCAAUGACAGCUUUGAGGACAGCAGGUUCUCCGGCUGAUCCGCCCCCUCACACCCCCAAUGACUGGCCCAGCUUGUGUUUCUUCCCGUGAAAUACAGUGACACACGAAAACUAAUCAUAGAUGCCGCCGGUGGCAGGGUAGACUUCCCAAGCUACAAACACUACAGUUCACACAUUACUACAUCACAGCUACUCAGCUACAUCAUACAGGUAAUUGCUUCUGAGAUAUAUAGCCAAAGAUUUAUUGCUAAACUUGGGAUUUUUAUCAUUCCACUAGAGUUGGACUAAUAUUAUCUUGUAUUUCCACAACAGUACAAAAUUAUAAUAUAGGCAAUGAUAUGAACUUGUCACUGUAUUUCAUACGAAAUAGUUUUACUAUGUAAUAACUGGACUAUAUAUAAGUCUGUAUUUAUUUUGUUAAACAAAAUAGUGACUA